AUGCCAAGCCGUCGAAAUCGGAGACAUCGAGGCAAACCUGCCAACGGAGAGAUAUCUGAUUCCCCCAAACUUCCCAAUCAGUCAGCCGAGGUUUGCAAGCAGUUCCAGCGUGGCAAGUGUUCGUAUGGGGACAGGUGCAAAUUUUCGCACAAUGGGACCAAGGCCGCCGACUCCCACUCAACUUCGGAUGCACGCCGUCUCACAGCCGACAACCCAGAGGCUCGGAAGCAAUACUUCGACUGGAAAAGGCUCAUUCGGAAUGGGCCAUCAGGCCGGAGACACCCAGGAUGGGAAAACGCGGAACUCUUUGAAUUCUGGGCCGGAGCCUUGGAGAUCCUCAAAGGUACCAGCACGGAGUAUCAUCAGUUCCUUGCACGGGAUCUUGUGAGUGAGGAGCUUCACGGAUUUGAUUUCAUCAAGAGCACUACGGAUGCGGACAAUUCACGGGGGCUUGAAACUGAAUCUUGCGAUGAAGCAUUUCUCAAAGUCAUCACGCAUCUGUCUCUUUUGAACUGUCUCUCCGUUGAUUCGUUUGUUGGAACUCUAUACACAUCAUUCGGGGGAGUGAACGGGGACCGAGCAAUCCAUUAUCUCCACCACAUCUGUCAAAGCCUUAUGGAUACAGGGCGAGACAGCUACCAAGGGACUUCAGUGGUGUCUUUGGACACGGUCAAGCUACUCUUGGAUGCCCUUUAUCAGCUCUUGUUAAGAGUCCGACGCGCUCGAUUCCAUGACGAGCUCCCAGCACUGCUCAGCCUUACUCGUGACCUUACCUCCAAGAUCACCGACGAGUGCUCGAAAGCCGACCUUGACGGACUGGAAAGCAAAACAGACGUUAUGCUGAGCCUGGUAAAUUGCGUGAACCGAAAGCUCGCUACACCCAGUGUGUCAGAGAGACCUCAACGGCAGCCCGCCCCAAUCCUGUCGUCGUUCCCAAUGGAUAUACAGAUACCUGGGGGUAGACACGACAACGACCUGGCAGAGAUCUCUCAAAUUGAGAUUCUUCCAACCCAUGCAGAGAUCAUGUAUGGCGAUUCGGAAUACCUUCCUUCGACGAACUUCCUUCAGCCGCACUUCCUCACCGACCCUCUACAGAGAUAUGUAGACUCCACAUUCCGACUCCUACGCCACGAUAUUUUUGGCUCCGCCAAAGAUGUCCUUCGGGAUCUGCUGCAACAAAGUAACAUGAACAGAGUUCCUUCUGUUCGGGGAAAGGAUAGCGGCGCAAUUGUUUACACGACCGCACAUGUGCAGCAAAUCUUUAUCAACCAGAGGAAUGAGCUCGAGGCCACUGUCUCAUUCUCCCCACCGCCACAACUGUGCAAACUCUCUGUCAAGGAGCAAUGCAAAUGGUGGCAAGACUCCAGUAGGUUGGAAGAAGGAAGUCUAGUGUGUUUCUUGGCACUUCAAGGAGGGCACAGAAGGAUCAUCUUUCUCGAGGUCACUGUCAAGAAUCCAUCCAAAGACCAGGAAAACCGGUACAAGAGUUGCCUUGCUUCUGAUUCAUCUCCGCCUAGCAUCACAGUCAAGCUAGCGGCAUGUCAGCAGCAAGAGCUCAUGUUCCUGGCUCAACUCUAUACCCAGAGGGUCGCUGGUAUUCUUGUUGACUUCCAUGGUAUGCUUCCUGCAACAUUCUUCCCAAUUCUCCAGAACCUCCAGCGAAUCCAACGGGAGGGGGAGCUGUCCUUCCAAAACUGGAUCUUGCCAGGCUCUAAAAAGGGCCAAGAUGACCAGAGCAUCCCACCGCCAGCAUACGCACGAAAACCAGGUUUCAGCUUUCCCUUGAAGUCAAUCACCAAACCUGGAACCGAAAACCUUGCGUUGAACCCAGCCGCCCCUGAGUCAAUUGACAUCAUGAAGCUGCAAGUUGAAACGGGCCUUGACCAUGGCCAGUGCCGGGGGCUUAUUGCAGCUCUCACGCGCGAGUAUGCCCUAAUCCAAGGCCCCCCAGGUACUGGAAAAUCGUAUUUGGGUGUCAAGCUUGUUCAGGCACUACUCGAAAUCAAUGAAAGGGCAAAGAUAGGCCCGAUAAUUGUAAUCUGUUACACGAAUCAUGCCCUGGAUCAGUUCCUAAAACAUCUUCUGGAUGUCGGCAUUGAGAAAAUUUUACGCAUCGGGGGACGGAGCCAGGCUGCUGAGCUUCAAGGCAAGAAUCUUCGCGUUGUCAGUAAAGACAUUGCCAAGACGAGGGUAGAGGCCCAAACCCUCGGCAUGUCUUACGGAGCAAUCGAUGAGACCAUGAAGAGUGCUGGAUAUUGCAUUAAGCCUCUAGACCAGUCGAAAAAAGGUCUCUCUUGGAACGCGAUCGAACCAUUCCUACGACGGAAAUUGCCAAGGAUACACCACCAACUGCAGCAAGAGGACAAGGAUGGAUUCAAGACGGUUGAAAAGGACAGACUGUUAAGCUGGCUCGGAGUGAAAUCGAUGAACAUGUACAAGGGCCAAAACGAUGACGAGGUUGACGAUACCCGCUUGAGAGAACUUAUGCGUGCAGCGGAGAGGGACAUCCACAGCCUCGCUAAAAACGAACGCCGAAUCCUUGCAACCCGUUGGUUUAACCAAUGGCAGGAAAAUGAAACUGGGUCGCUUUUCGAGGCAAUAUCAGAAGCGGAGAACUGUCGUAAGGCAAUCAACACAGUCCACGAGGAGGUCAAUCGCCGGGCCUUAAUCCAAGCGGAUGUGGUGGGAAUCACGACAACAUCACUGGCACGUCACAUUGAGACUCUGCGUCGCAUCGGAGCCAAGGUGAUAAUUUGCGAAGAGGCAGCUGAGGUGAUGGAAGCCCAUGUCAUCUCGGCUCUCAUGCCGGGCGUUGAGCAUUUCAUACAGAUUGGGGAUCAUCGCCAACUACGACCACAGAUUCAAAACCACUCACUGAGUCUCGAGUCUCCCGCAGGAAAGAAGUGGCAGCUGGACCGAAGUCAGUUUGAGCGACGCGCUGAGGGAGAGCCAGGUCUCCGACCUGCCCCUGUCGCGCAGCUUAACGUACAACGAAGAAUGAGGCCUGAGAUCUCACGACUCAUCCACAGUGUCUACCCAAAGCUUGAAGACCAUGAAAGUGUAUUCUCUCUUCCCAAUGUUGUUGGAAUCCGGGAGAAUCUCUUUUGGUUGGACCAUCGACGCAGCGAAGACACCAAAGAUGAUGGCAGCCGUGUGAGAUCACACAGCAACCAGUGGGAGGUUGAUAUGGCUACUGCUCUGAUUCGCCACAUUGUUCGGCAGGGAGAGUAUAAGAGCACAGAUAUUGCUCUUUUGACGCCCUACACCGGACAGUUGCGUAAGUUGAGGACGUCCCUGAGCAGGGACUUCGAAAUAUGCCUAAGCGAGCGGGAUGCAGAGGCAUUGGCCGCAGAGGAACUUGCAAUUAAUGCAAGCGAGGCUACACAGUCCAUCGGUCACAGGGCAAUCGAAAAGAAGACAUUGCUCCAGACGCUUCGCCUCGCCACAGUCGACAAUUUCCAGGGUGAGGAGGCAAAGGUGAUUGUUGUUUCUCUGGUUCGCAGCAACUCGAAGCGCCAAGUCGGAUUUCUACGCACCGAGAACCGCAUCAAUGUGUUGCUCAGUCGGGCUCAGCAUGGAAUGUAUCUGAUUGGCAAUACUGAUACAUAUGUCAAUGUUCCAAUGUGGGCCGAUGUCCAUUCCAAGCUCGCUGGUGCGAAUGCAGUCGGCACUGAGCUUGCGCUUUGUUGUCCCCGUCAUCCGGAAACGGCCAUCUUCUGUUCUCAGCCUCAUGACUUUGAGAGAAAGAGCCCUGAGGGUGGAUGUGUUCUCCCAUGCACCCGUCGCCUCGAGCCAUGUGGCCAUCAAUGUCAGGCAGCAUGUCACUCGGCGAUGAUGCACGACGGUUUUCCAUGUGGCAAACCUUGCCCCCGUAUUCGGGAAAGUUGUCGACACGAAUGUCCUAAGCUCUGCGGUGAGACUUGUGGCCUUUGCAUGGUAAAGUUCCACGGUGUGGAGCUGGCUUGUGGGCAUAGAAAGAAAACGGUAUUCUGCCAUCAAAUGUCUAGGCUGUCGCUCAUUCGUUGUGAUGCCGAGGUUGAAAAGACUGUUCCUAAUUGUGGUCAUACAAUUAAGGUGAGCUGUUUCAAGAGCGUCUCUACGCCUGGCUUCCGCUGCCCUGAAGCAUGCACCAAUGUUCUCAGCUGUGGUCACAUGUGCAGUGGAAGCUGUGCAGAAUGCCUUCUCACGGUGUUGGAUGGGAAGAAGUUGUUCGAGCACGCUGUAUGCUCAAAGAUUUGUGACCGCCCACGCGGCGUUUGCAACCAUCGGUGCUCCAGGAAAUGUCAUGAGGGCGAAGACUGCGGGUCUUGCGACGUUAAAUGCGAGGUCCAAUGCUCGCACUCAAGAUGCGAUUCCACUUGUGGUAAGGCAUGUGCCCCAUGCAUCGAGAGGUGCACUUGGUCCUGCACUCAUCAGGGGUCUUGCUCAAUGCCUUGCGCGGCGCCAUGCGAUCGCUUGCCUUGUAAUGAAAGAUGCACCAAAGUACUCCAAUGCGGUCACCGGUGCCCCAGUCUUUGCGGUGAGGAUUGCCCAGAAAGCCUUUGCCAGCAAUGUGGCGACAAAGGAGAUGCCCGUGUUGACUUCCUUGAAUGGAAGACCUACGCCGAAAUCAAUCUUGAUGAAACCCCCAUCAUUGUUCUUGGAUGCGGACAUUUCUUCACAAAUGAAUCAGUUGAUGGAUUGGUUGGCCUUGACGAAGUCUACACAAGAGACAAACAUGGGAACUUCAAUGGCAUCCGAAACUCUUCCUCUCUCGCCAAUGCCAUACCCUCCUGUCCGGACUGUAAGCAACCCAUUCGGCAAUUUGUCACGAAGCGGUACAACAGAGUGAUUAACCGCGCUGUGAUGGACGAAACCUGCAAGCGGUUCCUGACCAAGGGUCGUUCUGAUCUACAGGAGAUUGAAAAAGGCCUCGAGGAGGCCGAAAAACAACUCAACGCUGAAGAAGUGAGUUUGGCAACAUGGGAUCUUGAACAGGAUUUCAAGGUCCGACAUGCGGAUUGCAAACGUCUUGCGUUACGAGCUUUCAAACUCAGCAGGACCAUGAAUGCUGAGAAUCAACCCAUGACACGGCUCAUGGAUUCAAUCGAAAUCUUUCAGAAAGUACCAAAAGGUGAAGAGGACACUCUCUCGGCGCAGAUGAAAGAUUUGAACAUAGCGAAGCGCGAGCGCAACAAUCAAAUUACCCUAAGAGCACAAUUCCUCAACAUCAGAGCCCGGGAGCUCGUGCUCAGCGAUAUUUUCAGGGUCAUGGGUUCAAUCAAAAAGUCAAACCACUCAUCAAGUGCCAUGUUCCUCAAAAUACCUUCCGAGUUGACUGUAAUCCUGCGGGAAUGCCAAAGUCAGAUCGAGCGAUCCAAUGAGGAAAACCUCUUCCGCGUCGUCAUUGCGGCAACCAUAUCCUUCUCCAAACUUGCCCACUUGAAUUCGUGGUAUCAUCGAAGUUACCCAGGUGAGGCUGAAAUCGAUCCCAAGGCUGAAGGAGGAAAAGCGACUCCUAAGAAGUUUGAAGAUUGGUGUGAUAUUGCCCGUGAAUUGCUUGCAGCUGCCCUGAAACUGUGCGAAAGGCUGGGUGACUGCCCUGAGCUCCGGGAAAAGGUUCAGCAAAUGGCCCAUUUGUAUGAGGGACCGCGGUACGAGACUGUGACUUUGAAGGAAGUUCAGUCUAUCAAGAUGGCCAUGGUCAGUGGGCUACAAGGAAUGGCAACCAACACGGGGCACUGGUACAAUUGUGAAAAUGGUCAUCCGUUUGCCAUUGGAGAGUGUGGUAUGCCGAUGGAGGAAGCCAGAUGUCCUGAAUGUCGAGCGCCUAUUGGGGGGCAAAAUCAUCAACUUGUUGAGGGAGCUUCUCGAGCAGUGGAGAUGGAGGAGCGAUAG